CGGGAGCGAUUUCUGAGCGGACCUGGACGCGCCGGACUAGUGAGCUGCUGCGGUGGCGCGACGGGGCAGAAGGCGCAGCUGCUGUGCUGUAGUCCACGCCCCCUUCCCGCUCCGGUGACAGUCUCUGCGGAAAGUCGCGUUUGUGAUUUCUGGAGAGCACCAAGCGGGACGACGGCGCUCCUGCCGGGUCGUGCGGGCCAGGUGACAAAGAAACGGUUUCCUGGUGAACCUGCCCCUCACCCCUAGGCAACCCACAUCCCCAGGGCCUAAAGAUGCUGAGAUCUAUGUGGAAUUUUCUGAAACGUCACAAAAAGAAAUUCAUCUUCCUGGGCACGGUUCUUGGAGGAGUAUAUAUCCUGGGAAAAUAUGGACAGAAGAAAAUCAGAGAAAUACAAGAAAGAGAGGCUGCAGAAUACAUUGCUCAAGCGCGACGACAAUACCAUUUUGAAAGUAACCAAAGGACUUGCAAUAUGACAGUGCUGUCCAUGCUUCCAACACUGAGAGAGGCCUUAAUGCAGCAACUUAAUUCUGAGAGCCUCACAGCCCUGCUAAAAAACAGGCCUUCAAACAAGCUAGAAAUAUGGGAGGAUCUGAAGAUAAUAAGUUUCACAAGAAGUAUCGUGGCAGUGUACAGUACUUGUAUGCUGGUUGUUCUUUUGCGCGUCCAGUUAAACAUAAUUGGUGGAUAUAUUUACCUGGAUAAUGCAGCAGUUGGCAAAAAUGGCACCACAAUUCUUGCUCCCCCAGAUGUCCAACAGCAAUAUUUAUCAAGUAUUCAGCACCUUCUUGGAGAUGGCCUGACGGAAUUGAUCACUGUUAUUAAACAAGCUGUGCAGAAGAUUUUAGGAAGUGUUUCUCUUAAACAUUCUUUGUCCCUUUUGGACUUGGAGCAAAAACUAAAAGAAAUCAGAAAUCUCGUUGAGCAGCAUAAAUCUUCUUCUUGGAUUAAUAAAGAUGGAUCCAAAUCUUUAUUAUGCCAUUAUAUGAUGCCAGAUGAAGAAACUCCAUUAGCAGUUCAGGCCUGUGGGCUUUCUCCUCGAGACAUCACCACUAUUAAACUUCUCAAUGAAACUAGAGACAUGUUGGAAAGUCCAGAUUUUAGUACAGUUUUGAAUACCUGUUUAAACCGAGGUUUUAGUAGACUUCUAGACAAUAUGGCUGAGUUCUUUCGACCAACUGAACAGGACCUGCAACAUGGUAACUCCAUGAAUAGUCUUUCCAGUGUCAGCCUGCCUUUAGCUAAGAUAAUUCCAAUAGUAAAUGGACAGAUCCAUUCGGUUUGCAGUGAAACACCUAGUCAUUUUGUUCAGGAUCUGUUGAUGAUGGAGCAAGUGAAAGACUUUGCUGCUAAUGUGUACGAAGCUUUUAGUACCCCUCAACAACUGGAGAAAUGAUUUUUCCUUCAAGAAAAACCACAGUGGGAUUCAUUUGCUUUUAAAAAUACACUGAAUAAAUCAGCUAUAACUAGAGUAAUAAUUUGUUACCAAAAUGCCUAAUAAAAAUAUAUUCUUAAUCAAAGUCUCCAUUUCAUAAUGAAAUAGAUUUAUUUGGCAUCUUAAUAUAUUUUUUAAAUUCAACAGACCAGUUUUUUGGGGCAUAUCUAAGUGAACACACAUGCAAAUACCAGAAUUGGUAGUAGUUGGUUACCCCAUGGACAUUAGUUCCAAACUGACUAAAAACUAAUGUGGAUACUUUUUAAUUUAUAUAUUAUGAAAUGCAGUCUACUUUGACAUUAAUAUUGAGGAAAAAUCUGUUGGGGAAGUAGGUAUAGGAUGUGUGACGUUUGGAAAAUAUGCUAUUUAACUAAUCAUAAUGUUCCCUGGACUGCCAUAACAGAAGUGAAUCAGACUUUUCUCCAGCUACCCUUCAAAGGAAUAAAUUAUAUGUCUCAAAUAUACCUUCAUGGAGGACUUUUCUUCUUACAGAAAUCAGCGGAUUUUAACAGCUAUUUUUUCUUUGCUAUAUUUUCUAAGGUUUUAUUAACAAGCCUUAGAAAGUUAUGUGUUGAUUUAGAGGCUAAAAAUGUUUACUCACAUCCGUUACUAAUUAUAUAGUUUUAUUCAUUUGUAUGUAAAUAAUUUUAAUAACUUUGUAUUGAUUUUGAGUACAGUGAAUAUCUUAUUGCAAUAAACUAUUUUAGUAAAA